AUGCUAAAGGACCGAAGGUCGUACAGUGUAAUUCCUUACGAGAUACAUAGCUACUCUACAUAUGCCUCAGUGUACGUGCCAAAUAACAUCAAAAAGAACGAUCCCAUGGACCCCAACUCAAGGUGGUCCACAUCGACCAAUGAUCAUCUCCAGUAUAUCAUCCUGAAAGUUCCUCCAAGCCUUGUUGUGACAAUCACGUUCGGAAAGUACAACAAGAUGCAUGUGUCCAAUGUCAAGAAGAUGAGAAUAAGUGUUUCAGAGGAUGGAGCGGUGUACAAGGAGGUCUUGUGCGGAGGGCUAAAAAAUGAUUCUGAAAUGGAAACAUUCAAUCUCCUUGUGAAGGAUGAGGCAUACCAUAUUGCACAGUAUGUGAAGAUUGAGCCUCUGGCAGCAUGGGGAGUCAACUUCAGCUACUCGUUGUGGUUUGUCGAGCUCAGAGGUGUUAUGGAUGUUGAGAAGUUCAUUAGAUACAACGAGAUGAUUAUGUUUGGGAAAUCCAUGAGAAGCUGCCUGAGAUUCCUUAGGGACAGUGGGUUCAGAGAUGUUUAUGAGAUCCUUGAGAAAAGAAGCUCUGACAAAAUUGAGGACGAGGUUGUAAAGCACAUAAGAAAGUUGCUAGAAGACCACAGGUAUGAGGGCGUGGAGGAGGUGCUAGAUAGGUUGGACCCAUGUGUUUUCCAGGGAUUUAUAGACAGCUCUCCAUACACACUUGUAUGGACAGAGAUUCCAAGAGCUGAGACGUGGCCAUGCGAAAGAGGAGGUCAUCAGAUGAUUGAGAUGGACGGGUGUCUGUAUGUCUACGGAGGAUGGAAUGGUGUGGAGGAGCUCGAGGACUUCUGGAGAUACAAGGAUGGGGUGUGGAACGAGAUCAAGGUGGAUGGAAGGACACCUGGAAAACGAAGUUGCCACAGAAUGGUUUCCAGCGGAUCAAAGCUUUACUUGAUGGGAAAAUACAUUCCUCUGUCCUCUCGUAAGGUCUUUUCUGGGAAGUCUGACAUCUGGGCUUUUGAUGGAGAAUGGAAGGUCAUAAACAUGAAUGAUGAGGGUGGCCCGGGCAACGUAUACGACCACCAGAUGGCUGCUGCUGGAGACAAGCUUUAUGUUUUCGGAGGAAGGUCGACUGAAAAGGAGGAUACCUAUUCUGGGCUCUAUAUGUUUUCUCUUGACGAGGCGUCUCCAUGCUACGAAGAAGAUUCUCUCAAAGAUUACCGAAAAGCGAAUGAGGUGGGAGGAGCUGCCAUUGGGAUAGAUGGGAGACAUGAGACUUACAGCAGAUCGAUCAGAGAAAAGGAUCAGUCGCUUCGGGCCAUCUCCAGUGGAGAACUAUCCUUUGGGACAAGAUCCUUGUACGAAAGCAUAAUGGAUGAGUCCAACUCAAGAUACGAGGUUUCAACAUCGUCUUCAAGCUUGGGUGCAAGUAGAUGGACCAUGAUAAGGUCCGAUAUGGUGCAGCCACCAUAUACACCUUCCCUGAAGUCCAGGCUGGGGCACAGUAUGGUGUUUAUUCCUCCUGACUAUAUUGAAGGAAGCAUUUACAACAACAGCCUUGUAAUUAUAGGAGGGCAGAGAAAUAAGAACCCAAUAAGAGAGAUACUCUUUUAUAGUUUGGACACAGACACUGUUUUCCAAAGCGAGCCGUUCCCCAUAAAUGGAGAUGGUAAAAUCAUCCAGCGGGGCAUACUCUACCAGUCUGAAAUUGUUGUUCUCUUCUGCUACGGAAAGGAAAGAGAAGGGAAGUUCGAAAACAUAGAUGUAUAUACCUACUCUCUUAUCAGGCGGAGAUGGUCAAAAGUGGUUGCGAAGGCCAGGGCGGAGGCCGGGGUGGAGAUUGGGCCACUGCCAAGGUCUGCGCAUCAGUUUGUGGAGAUGAAUGGAUGGUUUUAUUUGUUUGGAGGGAAUGUGUCUGAAAGGACCGACCGGCGCGUAAACGACAUGUGGGUGUUCAAGCUGGAAAAGAAAACAAACAAGGAGAUUCGGCACCUCUCGAAGCUUCUUGUCAGGAAGCAUAAAUACCUCCAUCUUCUUGGGAUUGAUGAGGAGACGGCUGUUGAUUACCUUAGGACCUCUAUCCUGAGCAUGGUUGUUGACGAAGAUACAAGAGAGAUUUUCGAGGAUCUAUGCCGUGAGGUGUACAGGAGAAAGACAUUUGCCGAUCCUGUUGAGGACAUAUGUAGAUUAUUGACAUCAGCAAAAGAAUAUUAA